GUUUUUAUUUUGGUAUUUUGUUGCUCCAGCCCUGGCGAGUCAAUCAGCUGGUCGAUUGGUUUUUAUUGAAAUUUUCGGUUGCAAAUAAAAUAUCCACGAAAGUUUCGAGUGUCAAUUUAAAAUUUGCCCACACAACUGUAACAAGUAACGCGAAAGCUAACGAGCAACAUGUCAAUGCUGGCCAGAACCCUAGGACGCACCGCUUUGCAGGCGGCGGCUGCACGUGGUGUACACACCUCAUCGUCCCUCAAUGAUGUUCGCACAGGCAGCAAACUAAAGGAUGCCACCUAUGGAGCCAAUAGAACGACCUGUACGUUGAUUCCUGGCGAUGGUGUGGGUCCCGAGAUCGUCUAUGCCCUGCAGGAAGUCUUCAAGGCAGCCAAUGUGCCCGUGGAUUUUGAGUCCUACUUCUUGUCGGAGAUCAACCCAGUGCUGAGUGCCAAGCUAGAGGAUGUGGUGGCCUCCAUUCAGAAGAACAAAGUCUGCAUCAAGGGCAUUCUGGCCACUCCCGACUACAGCAAUGUGGGCGACCUACAAACCCUGAACAUGAAGCUGCGCAACGAUCUGGACCUUUACGCCAAUGUGGUGCAUGUGCGUAGCUUGCCCGGCAUCAAGACGCGACACACCAACAUCGACACGGUCAUCAUCCGUGAGCAGACGGAGGGCGAGUACUCGGCGUUGGAGCACGAAUCGGUGCCCGGCAUUGUGGAGUGCCUGAAGAUCAUCACUGCCAAGAAGUCGAUGCGCAUUGCCAAGUUUGCCUUCGACUAUGCCACCAAGAAUCAGCGCAAGAAGGUCACCGCCGUGCACAAGGCCAACAUCAUGAAGCUGGGCGACGGCCUCUUCCUGAGGUGUUGCGAGGACGUCUCCAAGCUGUAUCCCCGCAUCCAGUUCGAGAAGAUGAUCGUGGACAAUACGACCAUGCAGAUGGUUUCCAAUCCGAAUCAGUUUGAUGUGAUGGUCACCCCCAAUCUGUACGGUGCCAUUGUGGAUAACCUGGCCUCUGGCUUGGUGGGCGGUGCUGGUGUGGUUGCUGGUGCCUCCUACUCAUCGGAGACGGUUGUGUUCGAGCCUGGUGCACGUCACACCUUUGCCGGUGCCGUGGGCAAGAAUGUGGCCAAUCCAACGGCCAUGAUGCUGUGCGGCGUGAAGCUGCUGCGUCACAUCAAUUUGCCCACCUACAGCGAGGUCAUCUUCAAUGCCAUCAACAAGGUGCUCAACGACGGCAAAGUGCGCACCAAGGAUCUGGGCGGACAGUCCACCACAAUGGACUUUACACGCGCCGUCAUUGCCAAUUUGCACUAGAAGAGAUUGGACCCAGGCAGAGAUCGAUCAGCACAGGACUCCAACUCCACAGCAAGCAGGCAACAACAUUGGCCCCCCAAAAGGCACGCACUUAUUACAUAGACAAUAGACAGUUUUUCUUUUUUGUGUGUUGUUGCCGCAGCGAAAUUUGAUUUGUUAAAAGAUGA